AAAAAAAAUUAUUAGUAUCUUGAACACAGCAAUCAAUAUUCCAGAUCCUUCCGCAACCUUCACCAAUCUCAAUUCUGUGGGCUCCCUAGUUCUUCACUUCCACUGAAUCCCUUAUUAUAUCCCCCAAAAAAUUCAUCUUUUCAUUCAUUGAUUCAUCCUAGGACUAAAAAGAAGUUUUUACCUUUGUUUCAAGUUUGAAUUUUUCCUCGAAAGUCUCUCUUUUUGCCCUUGGAUUCAUAAGUUCCCAUGGCUUCUGAAACUGAAGCACCUGAAAUUUCUUCUUUGUUUGAGAGGUUGUUGAGGCACAGAGACCUCUAUUUCUUUCUCCCUUUUAUCUUGGGUGUCUCUAACAACAGUGUUUCCAGAGAAAACAGUGAAAACCCAGAUCAAGAAACCUCACAGGAAACGACUUCCCAACGUGAAAGGAUAAUCCUUGUCAACCCGUUUACUCAAGGUAUGGUGGUGGUUGAAGGAGAUUCGAAUUUGGAGGCUUUGCUACGUGGUUGGGUUAACAAGGAUGGCCAGCCGCCUGCUUCAAAAGCAUCUAUAGAAGCCAUGCCAAGUGUGAAAAUUGGUGAAAUUGAAGAUGGGGAGUGUGUUGUUUGCUUGGAAGAGUGGAAGUCAGGUGAGGUGGUAAAGGAGAUGCCUUGCAAGCACAAGUUUCAUGAUGAGUGCAUACAGAAGUGGCUUGUAAUUCAUGGAUCAUGCCCUGUUUGCAGGUAUAAGAUGCCUGUUGAUGAAGAAGAUAUGGGUAAGAAGAGAGAUGAGGAGAGGAGUAGAAGGGAGAUUUGGGUUAGUCUAUCUUUUGAUAGUACUAGGAGAACUGGGGAUUCCAAUCAAGUCCCUUCAACUGAUAAUGAAAUGGAGGGGUAGAAGAUUUGUGUAAGAUAUUUUUUUUUUUCUUGUUGCCCAUCAUUUCAAUUUUCUUUUUCCAUCUUUGUGAGAAAAUAUUGCACAUAGAGAUACUUGUCGUUUCCUAAAAUCUAUAAUGAAAAUAAAUAAAUUUGUUCUGUUAGUGCAAACAA